GGCAACACUGAUUUUGCUUUUCAAGAUGGCUUCUAUCAUUUGUGUGGAAGGUGGAAUGUUGUUGUUCGUCGUCCCGAAUUACUGGGCGUGAUUAGUUUAGAAACUGUUUACUUUUAACCACAUGAGAUUUAAUUUAACUCGGGAACGUAAUACCGAUCAGACAAUGGCAGAAAAUGACGAGGAAUUGACGAUUCCCAGAGCUGCAAUGAACAAAAUGAUUAAGGAACUCUUACCGCAGAUAAGAAUUGCAAAUGACGCUCGAGAACUACUUUUGAAUUGUUGCACAGAAUUUAUUCAUCAUAUAUCAUCGGAAGCGAAUGAAGUUUGUAAUAAACAGCAAAAGAAAACAAUAUCGGCAGAACAUGUAUUAACAGCUUUAGAAAAUGUUGGUUUUGGAGCAUAUAAAGAAGAAGCGGAAGCUGUUUUAAAAGACUGUAAAGCUGUUGCAGCAAAACGUAGAAGGCAAAGUACAAGAUUAGAAAAUUUGGGUAUUCCAGAAGAAGAAUUGCUUAGAGUUCAGCAAGAAUUAUUUGCUAAAUAUUAUCUUGAUCUGAAAUGAUGGUCACAUCUUUUACUUAUGCAGCACAAGAAUAUAUUUACCAUGCAAGACAACAGCAACAAGAAGCCGAACAACAAGAAUGGCAACAGAUCCAGAGAGAUCAACAGUUAUUAUUACAACAGCAAACGAGUACCGUGGACGACGACGACGAAUAUUGACUCUAUUUUAUUUGACGUCAUUUGAAAACUGCAUGCACAUCUGAACAAAGUUUUGAUUUUUGUUUUGUUUUUGGUGAACCGUGUCUGGCGUGAAAAUGUGUAGCGUCUUCGACCGAACGAUACGUUUAAUUUCUCGAUGUAUAAUAAAAAAAGAUUUGCUUACAUGACAAAAAAUAAAUGUUUUAACCAAAU